UCCGUCGAGCUCUCCUCGCGCGCAAGCGCGAUUUGCAAUGUCAAACGGACCAACUCUCUUCUUCCGUCUCUCUCUCUCUCACCGUGCGUUAGAUAAUCGUUCUCGUCGAGCGAAACGCACCUCGAGCAUGACGCCGGCCGCGGAGAACGCGCCGCGCGACCGCGCUCGUUGACGCUUGGCCCCGCCACGCCUGUCCUCACCGCCGUGUGUGCGCGCGGUUGACGGAAUGCCAGUGAACGCGUCCGCGGCUUCGCCGGCCCGUUGCUCCGUGUGUACGAGGUACCCGGCGGGACGCCGCUCCCCCACGAGCCGCGACUCCGCGCGCUGAUCAAGCACACGUCGACUCCGAACGCUCAUGCAUCCGCGCGUUGCGCACCCGAUCCCCGGAGUUGUCCGAGUCGUAGGUAAAUGAAAUAGACGAUAAGAGGAACGAGGAGCAGAGAUGGUACGCGUGAUAACGGUGCACAACUUCCCGGGGCAGAAUGUCGCCCAGAUCGAGGAGCCGACGGCGACGUGCACGGCCGCCAGCCAGGGUCGGGAGAUGCUCCUGCUGGCGCUGCCCACGCACUGCGUGGAGGUGUGGGAGCUGACGAGCUCGGACGUCAAGCUGCGCACCGUCUUCCCCACGGUGGACAUGAUCAAUCAAAUGGCGCACUGCGCCAAGGGUGACUACGUCGUGACGCUGGAAUCAAAAUAUCUCAGAGACACCGCGAGCAAUAAUCAUGCAAAUAGAGCCACUUGUAAUUUUGUAAGGAUUUAUGUCAAUUGGGCCGUAGCGAAGGACCAGAGUCAGCCGAUGCGGGCCAGGAUCGCGGGGCGAGUCACGCCGAGUCUGAAUCGACCCCUCAACAGCUUGGAGAUGAUAGAGCUGCCGCUGAGCGUGCAGCCCACGCUGGUCGCCUGCUGCCAGUGCACCGGCAACCUGUUGGUAGCCUCCGGGAGCAGCGCCAUUCUGCACGAGUUCAAGAUCGAGACGCAGCAGGUGUCGCGGAUCAAGUUCAUAGACUUCGAGCCUAGACCGUGGUCGUUGGGAUUCACGUUCACGCCUGCGCGCAUGGAGAUGACGGAGGAUUUUAUAGCCAUCAUGGAUAACGCGAACCUAUCCGUCUUUCGUCUCGCGAACUCGAUGUACGAGGAUAUCGACCAACUUAGCUCUUUAACUUCCACUUCUUCUUCCGUCGACAAGACGUCCAUAUCCACAGACUCGUCUCUCGCGGAGAACAGCGGUAGUCUUGGCAACGACGACGCGUCGACAAACGUGAGGCACAAGUCUGCAGACCAGGAUUGCCAGUGCGCGACACCUGAAAGUAACGAGACGGUUGUGACCAACGUGAGGUCUAAGGAUAAGAAGCACAGGGGCACGAAAGGCAGUACGUGGUACAAGUCGGAGGUCGGCGAUUUCAACAAAGCGAGGGCGAGUAGCAAUAAGAAUUAUAUAGACUGGGAGCACCUGAUAUCCAACGAGAAAGACGAGAUGCAGAGGCUGAUCGCGCAGGGAAUUGUCGAUCCCUCGUCGCAGUCGUUGACGGUGAAUCUGCCACUGAUAAGCUUGGAGAGGGCUGGCCCGGGUCACGCUCUCAGUCCCUUCAUACUAAACUCGGCGGACACGAGGAUCUUCAUCAAGACAACUUCGCCCGACGUGGGUUGGUCUGAAAAUUACACGAUAAAGAAUGUACUGUGUUUAAAGAUCAACGCUGGUAACGAUAGCACCAAGGUGGACGGGAUUCUGGAGGUCUUCAAAUGCCUGGUGUUGAAACCGCUGUACGUGAGGAAGGAGUGUAACACCUCCGGCGUGAAGAAAUCCAUGUUGCGCUCCGACAAGUACAGAUACCUGCAGGGCGUGAGUUGCUUCGUUUGCACCACGCAGGAGGGAUACCUGUAUCACUUCUCGGCGGCGAGCGGCGGCGGUUCUCUGGACGCGACGUGCCUGACCACUUAUCCGUUCACCGCGCCCGUGCAUCACGCGGCGCUGGAGCACACGGUGCUUCACGCGUUGACCGAGGCCGGCCUCGAGUCCUACACGCUACGUCUCUCUCAUCACAUCGCGAAAUCGUCGAACGGCACGGACAGCCUUCGAGCGACCUGCCCCAGCGCCGUCGAGCCGGUAAGCCUGAUCGGUCUGCGGCCAUUCCUGGGAAUACAGAGACUGUUGCAUACGAGAAGCUACUUGGUUCUGCUGGCCAAGGCCGACAGUUGUUGGACCAUGUACUCUUUGAACCUACCUAAAUUCGAAAACCUGUAUUUUGACAUAUUGAAUGCGGCGAGGAGUCACAAGUCCUCCAGCCCGAGCACCUAUCGACACUUGCUGGGGGAGGCGCACGCCUUGAUACGCUUGGCGAAGGACGUUCACAGCGAUAGCGCGGAUAGCGAGGAGUUCGACGAGGCGGCGCACAAGAACGAGCUCAAGCUGAGAAACCUCUACAAUCAGUCGUGCGCGUUGCUCGCGGAUUACUAUAUACGAUCGGAGACAGAGUCGGAUUGGGACCUGUGUAUUCCCUACUACAAGAUGUCCGGGCUGAAGCCUUCGGAGGUAUUGUCCAGGAAAUGCAGCCAGGACGCACCGGGACUCCUAACGUUCCUUACCGAUGCGCUCCUCACGAUGAAAAGCGGAUCCGAGGCGGACGCGCUUUUCCAAGGGUACAACAUCGUAGAAAUCAUCUGUAAGCUGGAGAAGGACGACCUGCUGAAACUGAUCUUCGGUAGUCCCAUGCUGAGGGAAUACGCCACGGAGAAGCUGAUAAAUCUACUGCUGACGCACGAGAGCGACGACGUCGUCAAGCUCGCCCUGGCACUCCUGUACAUUCAGGUCGACAAGCAGAAACAAGCGGAGAAGGCGCUGGAGCCGGUUUCCGUGCGGUGCAUCAGGCAGAUUGUCCUGGAACGCUGGGAAUUGCUGUUCGACAUGACCGCGAUGAAAAAGAGGAGUCCUAUGAUCGCUACCUUCUCGGACUUCGCCGGUACUUUGAUGCUCAUAAAGAACACCACGUUUGCCGACAUCCUGAUACAAUUGAUAGAAGACGAAGACGCGCUGUCGUUGCACCAAAUCAUACAGGUGUUCCUGGAGUACUUGCCGUCGCGUGUCGGCAGAGACGGGCACAACGCGGCCGCCACCCUGCAAGUUUUCCUCGAGAAGUAUCUGCAUAAUUACUUCAGCUCGAAACUCCUGGUGGAGUGGCCGCCAGCUGUAAAUAAAAGUCAGAUACGCUCGGACUUUGCUCUCGUUGAGGCGUUCAAACUAUUGGUGCGAUCGUACCUGGGUAAAUUAUCUCAAACGAGGGUGUACCACAUCGACAUCAAAGAGGAUCAGGGAGAAAAUGAUAAGGAGUACUUUAUGUUCGCCAAAUAUCGGCCGAGCUAUUUGAACAAGAUGCCACCGUACGCCAAAGAUUACCAGAAGAUUUUAGGCAUGAACGACUUCAAGGAUCUAGAAAAUUUUAACAACGCAUCCGAGACCGAGAGGAUUAUACUAAAGGAAUUGUUUAAGCUGCAGUCCGUACUGUCGUGCGAGUUUCUGCCGAUCGAAUGCUUGCACGAGGUCAAGCAAUUUCUCGAAACGCAAAAUAUCGAUGGGAGUUUAUCUCUCAAGAUAUUAUGCAUUCAGAAUACGGAAGAGGUGACGACAAUUCUAAUGGACAGUUGUCCACAGGCUGUAGUGCAGUAUGCGAAGGAUAAAUAUUCCAAGGACACCGAGUGGAAGCAUCUUAUUGAAUUAACGCAGGACAAAAUUGCCACUUUGAUGACGCAACAGGAGUUACAACUCUUGUACAUGCAGAUCAUGAAAGAGAUCUUGAAUUACUUGCCGCAUGCAUUACCCAUGAAAAGUCUACAUCGCAUCUUACCGAGAGAUGACAUGGCAGCAUUUCAAAGAUGCACCGAAAUGUGCAAUCAGAUCAUGCAUGCGGAUCAUGUGAAAUCGUUGAUAAUGGAAACCGGACAGCAACUUUUGACAACUCUAAAGUUGUGAAGAUAGGUUCCCAUUAAAUAUCAUUUGUUAGCUAAUUUCUAGACAAGGAAGUGAUAAUACUAAGGAAUUACGAAUAUAAAAUUCGGAUAUCACGCUUUAACAAUGAUAUCACGGAAGACUACUUUGUGUGCACUUAUACUCGCAGAUUAACCAUUUCUACAAACGUUUCAGAAAUAUGUUCCUGAUUAAUGCAGUCACGUAAACUGAUGUUCGUUAGUUGAUAAUUGUGCUGGUGCACGCAUUUUUAACGAUAAAUAACUUUCAUCAAUUAUUACCAAAAAAUUCGAAGGGAGAUAUUAUAAAUAGAAUUUGUCUAUAAUUAACUGUUGAAUCGUUCUAUAUAGAUAUAUUAUAUUAUGACUAAAAAUGUAAAAUCUGUGCCAGAGCAAAGGUGAUGUAACUUAAACACAUGGAGAUUGACAUAAAACAGUGUAUACAAAAAUUAGAAAUUUGGAGCACAUUAUAUCUAUAUGAGAAAAUGUUUAUAAUUAUUUACUGGUUGCAUUUAGAAAUAAUUAUACGGAUGUUUGAACGCUCUACACAGAUAUCAAGAUUUUUCAAAGUCAAUUAUCAAUUGAAUUCGUUCUGCUCUGGAACAGAAGGUAUGUCUUUAGUGAAAUGAAUUUUACUAAAAUAGUUUUUAUCAAAUCUGUUGAUCCUAACGAAUAGUUUUAUGUAAUCAAUUUUUGAGUGUUACAAAACAUGUAACUUUGAUGUGCCUUUAGCAAUGAUUUCCCCUUAAUGUAAAUCUAAUUAUGUUAGAAUGAUUAAUAAUAUUUAUAAUUCAUCACAAAAAAUAAAUACAUAAUAAUCUA